UGCUGCUGUUUUGGAUGGAAGUUGCUGUUGGUACGGAGGGGGCUUUUUCUUUAUCAUCUUAAGCAAGCGUAUCAUCUUGAAGACACCGGAAAACACAGCUUCAUGAAACCGAGCGUCAUCUGCGACGAACGAAACGGAGGAACCCGGAGAAAUCCGCGCUGUUAUGAACAGAUGAAGAUCACAACUGCUGAUUUGCUUACCUGCAGUUGAAUCAUCGCAAAGAAAGAAAACAACGUCAGGCGAGGCUCGUGCGAGUCAGUGGUAGUCUGAUAUGUGUGCAUUGGCUCGUCUCGCCUUGAAUUUGGCAUAAAUCGCUCGCGAUGCAUGCGGUGUAAAUGAUAGGACUAGACAUAUUCUUCGUUGGUUGGAAUAAACGGUAGCUUAUGUGUCUUAUGUAAUUCAGCAGUAAGUUACAGGUCUGAUAAAAGUAUUAGCUUUUUAUUUUUUAAACGUUAGCAGGUGAAAAAUAGCUUCUUGGCUUGACGUAUGUGUAUGGAUUGCAUGAGGUUUAAAUAUCUGUAAUAAAUAAAUACUUGUGGGAGUUUGUAAAAUAGCAGUAGUCUGUAACCUGACAUCAGUGUUCUGUUUACCUGUGAUUUAUUUAAGCUUUGUCAUAUUGACCUAAAGUGUGUUUGUGUGUAUUCGUCAUUUUAUAUUGUUAUUUAUAAGCAUGGUGACAGUGGAAUGGCUAGAUAGCUGGAGCGCAUCACUUGUGUUUUGACAUAUCUGACGUCACCAGCGUCGCGUGUCACUCAAACGGUGUGGGCUUUUUAAGAAUCCCACUUUGCUGAAGUCGGACUACAUUGAGGCAGGUUUGUUGAUUUAACGGUGGAUUGUUCAAGAUUCUUCGAGGCGGACGAUCCAGAUCUGGCGCGGUCAGAGAUCCUCGUUGAUAUUCCCAAUUUCUCCCCGCCAAUGCUGGAUCUGGAGGUCGUUCCUGAGCGAUCUUUGGGAAAUGAACAAUGGGAAUUCACAUUAGGGAUGCCAUUGGCCCAGGCCAUUUCUAUAUUACAGAAACACUGCCGAAUCAUCAAAAAUGUCCAGGUGCUCUACAGCGAACAAAUGCCACUCUGCAACGACCUCAUUCUCAACUUGACUCAGGAUGGAAUUAAACUGCUGUUUGACGCCUGCAAUCAGAGACUGAAGGUAAUUGAAGUGUACGAUUUGAGCAAAGUGAAAUUGAAAUACUGUGGAGUACAUUUUAACUCUCAGGCAAUAGCACCUACUAUUGAGCAGAUUGAUCAGUCCUUUGGUGCUACUCAUCCGGGAGUAUACAAUGCUGCCGAGCAGCUUUUUCACCUGAACUUCCGUGGUCUUUCUUUCUCCUUCCAGCUGGACUCCUGGAGUGAAGCUCCUAAGUAUGAGCCUAACUUUGCCCAUGGCUUGGCCUCCCUGCAGAUUCCUCAUGGGGCCACUGUCAAACGGAUGUACAUUUACUCCGGAAACAACCUUCAAGAAACCAAGGCUCCGGUGAUGCCUCUGGCCUGUUUCCUUGGUAAUGUGUAUGCUGAGUGUGUGGAGGUUUUGAGGGAUGGGGCGGGACCAUUGGGUCUCAAACUUCGUCUCCUAACUGCAGGAUGUGGCCUGGGAGUGUUGGCUGAUGCGAAAGUACGGGCACUUGAGAGAAAUAUCUACUUUGGAGACUCUUGUCAAGAUGUUUUGAGUGCUCUUGGUUCUCCACAUAAGAUCUUCUACAAGUCAGAGGACAAGAUGAAGAUCCAUUCACCCUCCCCUCACAAACAAGUCCCGUCCAAAUGUAAUGACUACUUCUUUAACUAUUAUACUCUGGGAGUGGACAUACUGUUUGACUCUACAACCCACCUGAUGAAAAAAUUUGUCCUUCACACCAAUUUCCCAGGCCAUUACAACUUCAACAUAUAUCAUCGAUGUGAUUUCAAGAUUCCACUUAUCAUUAAAAAAGAUGGAGCAGAUGCUCAGAGUGAGGACUGCAUCCUUUCCACCUACAGCAAAUGGGAUCAGAUUCAAGAGUUGCUAGGACACCCCAUGGAAAAACCAGUUGUGCUUCACAGGUCAUCAUCUGCGAACAACACCAACCCCUUUGGUUCCACGUUUUGUUUUGGACUACAGAGGAUGAUAUUUGAGGUCAUGCAGAAUAAUUACAUAGCUUCUGUGACUCUCUACGGAGCACCUCGUCCCAGUAGCCUGGCCCGUGCCGAGCCAAGUGCCCACUGAGGAAGCCGCCAUGCCCACGGUGCCCGUCCAGCCCUGCAGAGCCUCUGAACUGACCAGUAUAGUGUGCUUUCACUCACUGCUGCCAUCACCCAAGCUAAAGAAAAACAUGCUGGGAGUUUCUCAGGCUUUCCCUCAACUCGUCCUCCCACACGAUGAUAGAGGCCCCAGUUCAGUCUCAUUAACAAGGGCAUGGAGGCAGCCCAAAGCCUGAUAAUUAUCCCUGACUACCAUGCAACCCUGGCUCUGCCCCCAAAGCUUUAACUCAGACAUUUGUCAGUGUCUGCAUAGUUAUUGUAUUUGUGGAUGCACAGCGAUACAUUUCCACACAUACACACAUAUGCACAUUUGUUUGUUCAUACAUAGUCAGAUGUUGCCUGUGCAUUCAUUUUAAUAUCAAAGAAGCAAUUUUUGGUCUAACCUUUGAAAUUUUCCAUACCAGAUGCACCAAAGGGCAUACAUUUGGCCUCUGCACACUAAACACUUUAACAAAACACACAUCCAUUCAACUUCAUUUGUUUUCUAAAAGACGCCGAGGAUGCACUCAGAACAAAGUCAGAUAUGGACAUUGAUUGCAUAAAUUGAGUGGCGGGUGUGUUUUGUAUGCAUUUGAUCUAUGUAAGAUUACAAGCACAAGCUAGCACAGUGUGAAAGCGCGCUGGUGGAUUCAUUGCUAUGAACAUAUUCUCUUGGCACACGAGCAGGCUCACACAUACACACAGACUUACGCUCAUAAACAUUUAUAAUUUCAUGCCAUUUCAUACCAAGUCAGCAGCACAGAUUACCUCCCAUUUCAAUGCUAUACAGUGCAAAACAUCUGCUUAUCUUUGAGUUGGUAUUAUUGUUUUAUUUUAAAUAGGCUUUUGUUUCAAAGAAACAUGUGCGCAUUAGUUUUUAACAUUUGCACUAAAAUACACCUAAUUUACUUGAUAAUUGUCUCCUGUCACUGAGGAACAUUUUAAUUGAGUCUCAGAGAGAGAGGUAAGAGUGGGGGAGGGACUGACAACGUGCAAUCUGGAUAUCAGAGCUCUGAAAGUAGCACUCCUGACUGGAGAGAAAAGCCAUCCAUCCUUUUAUUUCUCCUUCCCCUCUGGAUCUCAUGGCGUCACGUCCAUUAGCAUCCUCCUCUGCAUUUUCUUUUGUCCAUGGUAGACAGACAUGAAGUUUAUCUCUUACCUUAUUCAGUAUCUUAAAUUCUUAACUUCAGAAUUUGGUUUCUGUCGUUUGAUUGCCAAAACGUUAGCCAAAGAAGAAACAAUAAUUCUCUUGUCAUUUUAAAUAUCUCACCAUACCACAGCAUAAGAACAUUCCCUUUUGAUUUGAACCCUUAUUAGUUUUAGCCUUCAAUUUAUUGAUCGAUUCUUGCGUUUGAAAAUUGAUACUGUUCUGCUUUUUUGAUUUGGAGCCAUCUCUCUUCCUUUCUACUCAACGGAGUUUGGUGGCGGUGUUUCUGUAGCAAGUAGACAUGAUGAUUUCUGCAACACUCUGCUGGUGUGCCCAUGUCUGUACAGAUCUGUAAAUAGUGUGCAUUUAUUUGGUCUCAUUGGUUAAAGCUAACGGUACAAUAUUGGAUCAGCUUAUGUCUGGAACUCCCUACACUGCAAACAUGAUCAUGAUUAUCUUCAGUGAUAUUGGUGUGGGACAGAUUUAAAUGGUAUUUCCUCCAAGACAGAGUUUUUGGGGUUUCUUUUGAGUGCCCUUGAGGGACACCAUAUCAGCAUCCCUACACUGUUGAUCUGGAUGGAGCAGCCUAUGUUUGGCCGCUAUUAGGAGAGGAUCAGGACUUGUUAUUAAAUUGAGAUGACUACAGCGUCAAGUUCAAUAGAUGGUUUGUAGAGUUCACCUCUAAUAGCUACAGUUCAUUGCUAUGCUGCCUUGCUUUUGUGUUUUUAACAAACAUCAAAGGUGCUGGUAAUGUGUACAGUGGCAGCAUAGCCACCCAUAGAUGUCAAUCUACACUCACUCCUUUGGUGUCAUUGCAACAUCCUUUCAGGCUUCUACAGUGUGCGGUGCAGUCUAAUUUGGGCAUUUAGCUUUCUGUUGCAUUUACUUUUCCCAUAACCUGCGCUGGAAAGCUGUUGAUGAUGGUUUAUUAUAUUUUACCCUUGGCUGUUGGUGAUUUAAAAAGGAAAAUUCUCUUAACAUUGUGCCUCAUCUCCCACCGAGCCUGUCUUGACUUUUCUCUGUUAAUGAAAUUGUUUGAACUGCUUUGUGUAUGUCUGAGCAUGUAAGGCUAAAGUGAUAGACAGUCAUAGUCCUGUUGUUUAAAAAAUGUAACCUAAAUAUUAAAGACAUUAUCAAGAAAACAAACUCAAGGUUGGGUCUUGAACUCUUGUCAUGAAGGGCUAGUUUACUGGAUGUUCAAAUGUAUUUAAAUGAUCAUCAGUAAAUCUUAAUUUAACAGAUUAUUUAACUGCGCUUUUAAAGGUUUAGCUCACACAAAAAUGAAAAUUCUCUCACCCUCAUGCAAUCCCAGAUGUGUGACUUUCUUCUGCUGAACACAAACGAAGGUUUUUAGAGGAAUAUUUCAGCCCUAGUGGACCAUACAAUACAAGUGAAUGGUGAUCAGAACUUUGAAGGUCCAAAAGGCACAUAAAGGCAGCAUAAAAGUAAUCCAUUCGACUCCAUAUGACUUUCUUACACAUACCCAUCAUAUCGCUUCUGAAGACAUGGAUUUAACCACUGGAGUAUGGAUUACUUUUUCGCUGCCUUUUUGGACCUUCAGAAUUCUUGCCACAAUUCACUUGAAUCUACAGAGCUGAGUUAUUGUUCUAAAAAUCUUUGUGUUCAGCAAAAGAAAGAAAGUCAUACACAUCUGGGAUGGCAUGAGGGUAAGUUAAUUUUUGGGUGAACUAUCUCUUUAAGUACAAAAUUUACUAAUGAGCUGUUUUAUUAUGGCAGUCAAUGAAGUCAUGCUUAGUGGCUAUGUUUUUUUAUUGAUCAUUAAAGGAGAUUUGGGUUUUAAAGAUUCAAAUAUUGUGCUAUCGAACAUGCAGUUGGCCCUCCAUGAUUUGAGCUUCACAUGGUGGUUGUGGUGUUUCUAGAGAACUUGCACUUUGUUAAAUCUCUGCGAAUUUCAAUUUUAAAGACUUUUAAAGUGAAGUAAAUAUAGUUAGAUCUUAAAAGAAGAAAAUAACACAAAUUUUAACUCUUUAGGGCUGAGGAUCUAUUCUUGAUGCACAAUUGGAGCCUCAAUUAAGGAAUUGCUCAUUGUUAAUAAGGAGCAAAACAACCACUGAUUUAGUGUCAUUUGGAGAAUGUUACUGUAGGGGUUUAGUCUGAUGGGCUGAUUGCCUGCCCAAUCUCAGGUGGUUCUUUUCUUAAUGCCAGGAGCAAGUGAAUGCUUAAUUUUCAUCAAAUGGGUUUUGGCUGUAUUGUUUCAUCUUCAAACUUCCUUCUAUUUUUGCAUCGGAAUGAAUGAUUGAUUGUCCUGGGGAUUAUAAUUAGAAAUGGACAACCUCCAUACAGUGUAAUGCGCAUAUUAAUGCUAUGUAUUGUAUCAUUCUGUUUUCCCCCAUCCUCCAAAGUGAUUUUUUUUUUUUUUUUUUUUUUUUGUGGAUUCAGUACAUUUAACCCAUUUCUGGAAAUGGGACUUAUCCUCAAUUAAAAAAGUGUGUAUCUACAAUUUAUUGCAACGUCGUGUUUUGUAUCUCAGAUAUUUUUACUUCUGUUGAUUAAGGAACAUGUAAGCAGAAGAUCAACUUUAUCAGUCAUUUGUUUUCAUUGUUUCUUUCUUUCUUUCAUUCUUUUUGUUUUGUUUUAAAAGCAAUAACCAUUGCGCCAAUGGAUUAUAGAUUGGAAUGGUCUGCUAUACUGUCUGUUCGUUAAAAGCUCAAAAAAUUGUGCAAAAAUGCUGUGACCAUUGGAUUUUUAGUUUGGUCCUCAUUGAAUCUACUGAAAGCAUUAUAUAUAUAAAAAAAUUAAACUGCUAAUUUUGUUACAGUGUGUUAAACAAAAAUAUUUAAUGAAUGGAUGUAAUAAAUAUUGGCGAAAGAA